UUGUGUGAUGGUGGGGGAAACUUUGAAAGUUCCAAGCUGCUGACCGGAUUCUUUGGGAGACCUGGAAAUAUGAGCAGCAAGAAACUAAGACGAGUGGGCUUGUCUCCAGAGCUGUGUGACCGUUUAAGCAGAUAUCAGAUUAUUAACUGUCAGGACUUUUUAAGUCUCUCCCCGCUAGAACUUAUGAAAGUGACUGGCCUGAGUUAUAGAGGUGUCCAUGAGCUUCUGCAUACCGUAAGCAAGGCUUGUGCUCCACAGAUGCAAACGGCUUAUGAGUUGAAGACACGAAGGUCUGCACAUCUCUCACCAGCCUUCCUAUCUACUACUCUUUGUCCCUUGGAUGAAGCGCUGCAUGGUGGUGUGCCUUGUGGAUCUCUCACAGAGAUUACAGGUCCACCAGGUUGUGGGAAAACUCAGUUUUGCAUAAUGCUGAGUGUCUUAGCUACAUUACCCAGCAGCCUGGGAGGACUGGAAGGGGCUGUGGUAUACAUCGACACAGAGUCUGCGUUUACCGCUGAGAGACUGGUCGAGAUCUCGGAAUCCCGUUUUCCACAGUAUUUUAACACUGAGGAAAAGCUGCUUCUGACCAGCAGUAGAGUUCAUCUUUGCAGAGAACUUACCUGUGAGGGACUUCUACAAAGGCUUGAAUCUUUGGAGGAAGAGAUCAUUUCGAAAGGAGUUAAGCUUGUGAUUGUUGACUCCAUUGCUUCUGUGGUCAGAAAGGAGUUUGACUCCCAGCUCCAAGGCAACAUCAAAGAAAGGAACAAAUUCCUGAGCAAAGGAGCGUCUUUACUGAAGUACCUGGCUGGGGAGUUUUCAAUCCCAGCUACAUUUCAACUGAUCUGAGACAUUUGAACAAAGUGACAUCUCAUCAUUCAAACUCUAACGGGGUACAGAACAAGAAAACAGCAUGGCCUGCUGUGGAGAACUGUUCAGAGUGGCAAACGACAUUGAGAUGAGAAGUCAUUUUCUCCCAGGGUCCGUGAAAUAGCAUUAUCUGAACCAGUUUGACUUUCUGCUUAUUUACACAGUGGGAAGAGGCAGGAACCUUGUAUUGCUUUUAAACAGUAUCUUCAAGUUGACCAUAAAUUUGACCACCUAAUUGGGAUAUUUUUGAAGACUAAGGGACUCUUUUAAUAGAUACCCUGUUUUAAAAACGCCUUGAGACUUCCCAAAGCAAAUAAGGCAUAUGGUCACCCUCAUCAUUGUGCUAAACUCCAUUCAUCCCAAGCCUUUUGAGAAGGCCGUGUUCUCAGUGCUAGAGAGCAGACCAUUCAGCUUCCCUGCCUACAAAGAUAAGUCCAGUCUUAGAAGCUCAAGUCCAAGUCAUGAACUCGGUCUAAGUUCAAGCUGUAAGUAAGUCUGAAUCCACACUAUAAUUUGCCUGGUUUUGAACACUCACUUCUAUUGUUAGGGGAACCGUGGUUCCUAACAUGUGAUCUUGGGUCCCUGGAGACCACUGAGAUCUUCUCAGGAGACCUGUGAGGCCAAGCAGUGUUCAGCAUUGCCAGAAGACAUCAUCUGCCUUUUCCAUUCCUUCUCUCUUACUGAUGUAUAUACCUUUGUGCCAAAGCUGAUCUCAGAAGCCAGCUGUCAAUGACCAGGUCAUUACUUCAGCAGAUUUGUAAGGAUGGAAAUGAUGUUACUCUUUCACUAAAUCUUGUUUUAAUAGAUAGUUUUCCUUGAUAAAAAAUGUGUUAUCUGUAUCAGAUUGUUAUGAGGUUAUUUUAUCUUAUGAUUUUAGCAAAAUAAGUCAUCAG